AUGGAAGAAGAAAGUUUGGGUGAAGCCCUAGCCGGUAUUCUUGUGAACUUUGAUGGUGAAGACAUGGAAGGUUACGUGGAGACAGUUAAUUCGCUUUUUGGGAUGGUGAUUGUUUCAGCCCUACUGACUGAGGAGCAGAUUCUACAGCUUUUGGAGGUAUUUCGUAAAUAUAGGCGUGCUAUUGGUUGGACCAUAGUAGACAUUCGGGGAAUUCCAUCUGGGAUAUGUGAACAUAAUAUCCAGUUGGAGGAGGACAACCAACUGAAUGUAGAGCAUCAAAGGAGGUUGAACGAGAAUAUGCAAGAGGUAGUCAAGAAAGAGAUUAUCAAAUGGUUAGAUACUGGAGUGGUUUACCCAACUGCUGGCAUUAAAGGUGUUCGAAGUUUCUUGGGACAUGCUGGGUUCUAUAGACGCUUCAUUAAAGAUUUAUCCAAGAUUACUAACCCGAUGUUCAAGCUUCUUGAAAAAGAGGCUAAGUUUGUGUUUGAUGACAAGUGUCGGAAGGCGUUUGAUGAGUUAAAGGAACGCCUCACUACUGCUCCUAUUAUUCUUGAAGAAGCUGGGAGACCUUCUAAUGAGCUAGAUAUAGAUGUGCAUUUCCAGAUGAGAGGGUGUUGGCUGUUUCAAUGGAAGUGGUAUCGUGGUAUGCUGACAUUGCUAAUUAUUUGGUGA